CUCCAUACUUUGAUCUGAUAGGGUAGAAAUGUAUGCACCAUCGAAGCUGCGUUCGGCCGAUGUCCAGAAAGAUCUUCCAACGCUCGACGCCAUGACCAUAAUGAAGCCGUGGCUUAGAAAACAUGCUCCCACCGCCCAACGCGCAGCCCGCCACCAACGUUUAAUCAAGAUAAUAUUAGUCUGGCUCUCUCACGCUGCCAAAGUGAUAAUGUAUAUUAAUAUCUGUGGUAACCAUACCGAAUGUAAACCAACACAGUUUUCCUUGUGAAUCGACCGUCCAGUUCUCCAAGCAAAAGAAACAAGCAGCCGCUGUGUUCUGAAAGAAUGAAAUUCAAAGUUUGGAUUACUGCAACAUCACCUUGACCAAUAACAUGGCAUCAGAUGUGCAUUCAACACAGGGGGGUGUGACAAACGAAACAGAAUCACAACUCAUCAUCCGCAGGAAUCCUGUCCCCGCAGCCAAGAAGCAACUCCCUCAGGUGCCCAAAGACGACGAGGAAGCGGUAGGUCCCGGCAGACCGUCGUCUGGGGUCCAGAGGUCAGGGGUCGAGAGGUCGGGGUCCACAACAUCAGCUGAACGGGUCAGUUCGGCCACCAGCCCAAGCAACGGUACUUCCUCGUCGGGAGCCUAUGGGCAGUUCUACCUGGAGUAUGCGCUGAUGGCUGAAUUUAAUCAGCUGCAUAAACAGAAGUUACCUGGAGUUCAUGUCAUACCAUCAGCUAAAUCACCUCUCCAUUGGUUUGGGGUGCUGUUCAUCAGACAGGGUCUCUAUCAGGAAGGUAUCUUCAAGUUUGAUCUCCUCAUCCCAGAGAAUUACCCAGAUGGAGACAGUCCUAGGUUAAUAUUUCGGCCGUCCAUCUUUCACCCCAUCGUCGACCCGGUCAGUGGAGAGCUAGACGUCCAGAGAGCGUUCACCAAGUGGAAGAGAAACGUCAACCACAUCUGGCAGGUGCUACUGUACGCCAGGAGAGUGUUCUACAAGAUUGAUACCAAGGCUCCUCUCAACCCAGAGGCGGCAGUGUUAUAUGAAGAGGAAAUGGACUUGUUCAAAUCCAAGGUCAACGAGACGGUGGAGAUGUGCAAGAGCCGGAAAUACGACCCCCCAUACUCGGAGGACCCUCAUGCCAUACACUUCAGCGAGUGGGACGAUGACAAACACGGAACGGCGCGGACGGCAAUAAUGACACCCAAGCCACAGAAAUCUCCUGGGGAAACUGAAGGUCAAAAAAAUGCCCAGAUAUCGGGCCUGUCGUGGGUCAAACCAGGUACGCUACAGGUAUUCAGCAAAGACUGACAUUAGAGGGCGCUCUCUUCCCAAGGAUUAAAGAGUCAUCCGGCACCCCAACAAUGAAAAAGUGAGCAAAGUGUUUUGCAUUCGAAUUCAACUCUUAAAGUGGUUUAUCCGUCAGCACCAAGCAAUCAUCCGAAAUGAAAUCAUCAGAUUGCUACAACCGCGUGCAGUAACGAAACAAAACCCUCCAGAAUCUGUCAAAAUCAAACAUAAUCUGAAUGAUUCGGGACGCUAUAGCGCUCAAACCAAUGCUUUGGUUCAGUGUUGUGUCAACAUCAAAGACUAUGCCAUUGGAUUACUGUACAGUGUGGGAGUUUUGCAGAAUCAGGAAGAUUUUGAUUGAAAAAUAAUUGUUGAGAGUUUAGGCUUAAAUCCCGCUGGCUUGCAGCAUUAAUUAAGGCCAGUUUGCAUACUUUGUGCGAAUGUGAAACAAAGUUGAUGCCACGAAACAUUCAAUGUGAAUUUCACCCGAGUUAGAAGUGUGUUCAACUUUUGUGAAUUCGGAUCACACAAAUACAUGUUCGCGUUUGCUUUCGCAGCGAGUUUGAACCGGUUUUUAAGGAUCCCAAAAGGGGAUGUUUAGAGGAUAUAUUGUAGGAAAAUAAUCCAGACAAAGGCAAAUUUUGCUCGAUGAAAUUGUGAAUUGGAAAGUGACUUUAUUUUGGUGAUUAAUAUCGGAAACUCAUUUUCUUUUUCUUUGUGGGGAGGUUUUGUUAAAAAAAAUUGUAACAUGUGGCUGUAGACAACAUAGAGAUGCUUGUAUUAAUGAGAGAAAAUUAUGUUCUGAACUUAAUUUGAGAAGAAAAAUCAGCUGAUGACAGUUGAUAAUGCGAAAUUUGUCAGUGUUUAUAUUCCAUGUGUUUAUGUUUCAUUGUGAUGUGAGAGGAUAAAUGAUUAAUUUUUUUGUAAAGGUUUCUUUGUAGAUACGUUUUGUUCACAUGGAGGUAAAUUUUUUAUAUAUAUAUUAUUCACAUCGAGUUGUAGGUCACACACAUGAAAUGUCAGUGUUUAAUUUCAGAAAGAAAAUUCCUUAGUGGACUAGCGGUUGACAGAAUUUUGAUCUGUAUAUUGGAGAUUAUAAAUACUUAAUUUAAUAUGGUCAACUAUAUGAUUUUUUUUUGUACAUAAAAUUAACACCCAGAAAUCAACGAACUAAUAUUUAAUUAACAAUAAAAUUUAUUAUUAUAGUUGAAAUAUUUAUAUCUUGCCGCGGUGCAGGUUAGUUUACUGAAAAAAAAAUUAUGCGUAAAAAACAAUAAAAACUUAUUUUAAUCAUGCGUGUAGAAUGUUUGUAUUCUUGAUGUUUAUUUCUGGAUAAUUUGUUCAACUUUAAACACUGGGUCUUUCCAAUCCACCAAAAUGUGGUUUGCUUGGAUUCUGAUGAGCAAACAUUGAUGUCCAAAUUUUGUUCAGUUAAAGUAGAAAUAGUGCUCUAAGAGUCAUGGUGAAAGGUUGAGUUCAUCAUUUGUCAUACAUGUAUAUUCAUUUAUUUGUUUGAAGCAACAAAAGUUCUCAAAAUCUAAAGACGGGUGCUUAACAACUAACCUGAUAAAGUUUUAGCUCGGUUAACGUUGUAUAUUCCAAGAAAACAAUACUCUAGGCUCUCGAAGUCAAUUCAAAAUUUGCCGAGUCAUGUUUUGAAUUGCGGCCGAAAUCGGCAUCUGGGACACGUUCUCAUUCAGCCGACUGCAGCUACGCGAUAUCAUGCACAGUACCGAUGAAUUAUAGCAACCGCGCGUGUGCGUCAUGUCAACGCUUCAGCACACCCAUUAACGGCUUUGCCAAAUUAAAAACGAACUACUAACGGACAUUUGCAUCUUUAGGGUUAGAAAAAGGUUGACCAAUUAAUUUGAAACUACAAGUUACUUAAUGUUUUAAUUAAUAAUUUAAUUUUUAAUUUUUUUUUUUUGGGUUGUCAAAACAUACAAAUACAUGCAGCAGAAGAUACGUUACGUUGCAAAUUCAAAUUAACUGGUCAAAGUGAAACCUAGAUAUGCAGACUACAGUCUGCGUCUAGGUUUCACCUUUAACUUUGAUUUUGUUUUGAGAAAUACAUUACAACACUAUUCAAUUCUUUGGUAAAUAUCUUCUUAAAAUUUAAUGCAAAGUAUUCCUUUAAAAAUUGUUGUUAUAGCAGAUCUCAUUUGAAUGUCGUCCAUACUUAAUUCAACAUUGAUGUGUAUGUUUACAACUUCACAAGCACUUUUAGCAACCACAUUUUGUUACAAGUUGUGUAUAGCCACGUACAUUAUAAUAAGUAUUUUAGUGUGGUACAGUAAGAAACUGAAAUGGUAAUGACAUAUCUUGAAUUUGAAUACACAAGUUGGAAAAAAGCUUGGAAGGAAUGUAGUAUCCAGACCCCACUUCUUUAGUUGUGUACAAAGUCUAUGGAGUGUUGAGCGCAUUUUCAAAGUAUUUUGUAACAACAUUGGAAAUGUUUCUCAGUCGCAGAUUCAUGUCUUUGCAACAUUUUGGCAAUGACUGCCCUUAAUAUGAUGAAUAUUACAUGUUUAUUCGUCAGGAUGCAACAUUCUUUCCAAAGGCUUUUACUCAGUACUUACAAUAGACUUUACUUAGGUAGGUUUAGAGUUCAAUGAAUUGAAAAAGCCUGGUUUAUUUGGUUUCUGGUUUUCAGAACGGAAAUUUAAUCAAAGCUGCUGACCUUCAUACUGGUAAAAUUUGAUCUUUGCAGGAAAUUGAACAGUGGAGUUGUGAAAUCCUUGUAGGAAUCAUAAAGACCAGGACUGUUGCCAUUGAUAUGUAGUAUUUUUUUGACAAAAUUGUGUAGCUAUAAUCUUCAAAAUCUAUACCAGAAUAUUUAGAGUAUUUUCAGAUCAAGGGACCUCCAAGAGGUGGUGUACAAAUUAUAUAUUCCAAUGCAGAUCAAGUGCCUGAAGUGGAUAUAUUCACAUGUGAUUGAUAGGAUAGAUGAGUGUAUAAUUAAUUCCAUUUCACUUUGUUUUCUUUCUUGAUGGAGGUGUAGAUUUUCUUUGGCCGUACUUUUAUAUGUUUAACGGAGGACUACUGUAAAUGCUUGUGUGUGCAAUUUGUAAUAAAAGUCAUUCUGACCCCUUGUCGAAGGAGAAGUAAA